AUGGUACACUUGUCCAAAGUCAAAAGGGGCAAACAAGCCCAAAAGCCUCAACAGCAACACGAUGAUUCGGAAACUGCAGCCAAUCCAUAUGUGUACGGGACACAUUAUGCCGCCGAAGAGCUCCCGGAGCAUGCCAUGUCGGAGCGGGAGAUGCCCGCCGACGUCGCCCUUCAAUUGAUCAAGGAUGAAUUGAGUCUGGAUGGGAACCCUCUGCUAAACUUAGCGAGCUUUGUUACCACUUAUAUGGAAGAUGAAGCGCAGAGUCUCAUGGCGGAUGCGAUGAGCAAGAAUUUCAUCGACUUCGAAGAAUAUCCGCAGACAGCACAUAUUCAGAACCGCUGCAUUAACAUGAUCGCAAAUUUGCUGCACGCGCCGACUUCCGAAAGUAAUGGGGAGCAAGAUUGCCUGGGGACCUCCACGGUCGGAUCCUCGGAAGCGAUCAUGCUGGCGACACUUGCGAUGAAAAAGCGCUGGCAAAACAAGCGCAAGGCAGAGGGAAAGGACUGGAUGCGCCCGAAUAUUGUCAUGAAUAGUGCGGUGCAAGUAUGCUGGGAAAAGGCUGCGAGAUACUUUGACGUCGAGGAGAAGUAUGUGUAUUGCACAGAAACUCGAUAUGUGAUAGACCCGAAAACGGCGGUGGAUAUGGCGGAUGAGAAUACGAUUGGAAUUUGUGCGAUUAUGGGCACAACGUACACAGGGCAGUAUGAAGAUGUGAAGGCGAUUAAUGACUUGCUAAAAGCAAAAAAUAUCGACUGUCCGAUCCACGUUGAUGCCGCGAGUGGCGGUUUCGUGGCGCCGUUUGUCAGGCCGGAGCUCGAAUGGGAUUUCCGGCUGGAGAAGGUUAUAUCAAUCAAUGUUUCGGGACAUAAAUAUGGAUUGGUCUACCCCGGCGUCGGCUGGGUCUUCUGGCGUUCUCCUGAAUAUCUCCCCCAAGAACUCAUCUUCAAUAUCAACUAUCUCGGAUCAGACCAGGCUACCUUUACUCUGAACUUUUCCAAAGGCGCUUCGCAUGUUAUCGGGCAGUACUAUCAGUUGAUUCGACUAGGAAAACAUGGAUAUCGUUCCAUCAUGGAGAAUCUAAUCAAGAUCUCAGACUACUUCGCAGAUGAAAUGAAGAAACUUGGGUUCCUUAUCAUGAGCGAGGGCAAUGGUCGCGGCCUACCACUUGUGGCAUUCAGACUGAAGCCUAACGACGAUCGACUGUACGACGAAUUCGCGCUGGCCCAUGUCCUUCGUCAGCGCGGAUGGGUCAUUCCCGCAUACACGAUGGCUCCACAUAGCAACCAAUUGAAGAUGAUGCGUGUUGUCCUUAGAGAGGACUUUAGCUUGCAUCGGUGUAAUAUACUAAUCGCAGACUUCAAGGCAGCACUAAAGUCCCUGGAAGAGAUGGACCAACAGAUGAUCCAGAAGUAUACGCAGCACCUCCAAUCUCACAGUGCAAGGAAAUUGCCACAGAGCCAUCCGCAUUACAAAAACGAGAAACACUCCCUCCAAGGCAAGACCGGGAAAACAUAUGGUGUAUGUUGAAUGUUGUGCGUUGUCGUUGGCCAGUUUGCGCGUCUCUAAAAAUACGUUGU